AUGGAAAAGGAAAGAGCACGAGAUAAAUAUCCCUUGGCAUUUCGACCACCUUCUCCUCCUCCUCAGCUCUCUCGAUGGGAGGAUCUUACAGACGAGGAGGUGAUGGCGAUGGAGAUCCCUGGAGUGGACCCUCACUCCCCCUUGCCGUUACAUAUCGACCAAGUCGACAUUCAAAUUUGUGAAAAGCUUAGGGAAAUUGACGCUAGCAUGGCGUCUAUCCACUCUGUUCUUACCUUCGAGAUUCUACCGGGACUCAAGGAAUACGCACGCGUGACAGAGCCGAUGAGAGACGUAUCCAAGUUUUGGAUUAGCAUGUUUCAAGCAGCAUGCGCUCCAAAACAGGAACCAGCUGAGCCAGACUUGACGUCCACGGUAGAUCCGACACACACUCCUACGGCAAGCUCGUCAAUAAACCAUAUAAGAUCUAAUGCGAAUGAUACUACCCCCACAACCUCGGAGAACCAGUCGUUCCGUGAUUUCCAAGAAGGUGCAGAAGGCUCGGGGAAUCUACAAACAUCAACUCCGGUCGUCCGACGUAAAGCUGAUGGAAGUAUUGCAUCGGCAGAGGGGAAGGGUGAUUCGACAUUUUCCUCUGCGAUAGAGUCUACCCAGGACAGGCUCCGUCGGGAGAUCGCAGCGUUAGAAGACAAGUCAAGCUUUGAUCUCUCCGAGACAUCUACAAAUCACAACCCCAUUCUAUCCUCCGAUAGCGCCUCUUUUACCUCUGCCUCGAGCGCCCAAACCAAUGCCGCAGCAUCGUCGUUCUUGAAGGGCAAGGGGCGGGUCGCACCGGACCUGCGAAGCAAAGCACUGCAUAACGCAGCAGCCGGUAAUAAUUUGAAUGUAUUCAAGGAACACCCCUCGUUUGCGAGCACAAACCCCGAUACUUCGAUUUCGCAAGCCGACAUCAACCUCAAACCGCUACCUAUAUUCAACCCCUCACUAAAACCGCAAGACAACCAAUCGAUAUUCACACGCGUACAGAAGCAGAUCUUUGCACCUCCUGGACCGGGUGCCGCCUCCGCCGCCCAGCAUCGAAUGAUGCAAGGACUACUUAGGGAGGCAGCAGCAGAGAAGAGAGCUGGAGUUCCAGCUGGAGCUGCUUCUCCUUAUAAAUCGCCAGCGAGGUUCAACUACCAACGAAAGAUACCUCCGGGUCCUCUCAAAGACUUCUCAUUAUCAACCGAUGACGAUACAAUGUCAACGACAGGUGGUAAUCAAGAGCAUCAGGUAGAUGAGUAUGGGAACGAAGUUCUCGGCGGAUCGCGUCGAGCUUGGGAGAGCGACGAGUUUGACUCUUCAGAUGAAGACGAUGACGAAUAUGUCCAGAAGCACGCUAGUAUGCAUAUCAGUCGCCAAUACGAGGUGGAGAGUGAUCCCUCUGUGGAUAGUACAGGAUGGCGACCUCGCUCGGAGACUACAGAUACCCAAAUCAUUGGUGGUGGUGGGGCCACGGGCGACACGCUCUUUGGCGUGGGAAAUCCGAGGUUUAUGAGGCAAAACUUUCAGCUUCAGAACGGACUACCAGGAGCGGGAGGGUCAGAUUCCUUCGCCGUAGAAACCCCUUUGCAGGCGAGGCGAGGGGAUUCACGAUACUAG